CAAGACUCCCAGACCCCAAAGUGCUCCACACGCCAGCCGAGAACCCAACAAAACCACGAAAUCCAGGCCACUUUCCCCACAAAACGCCCGUGCCGUGCCGGGAGGCCCCGCAACCCCAACCCACCCGCUCGCCUCGGCGUUGCCGCGCACACCACCACCACCUCGGCAUCGUACGUGCGCAUGCACCGGCUCCACCUCCACCGUGCUAUGCUAGAGCUAGGCUGCUAGCGCUAGGCGCGCAUCGUCUAUCGUCUCGAUGGGGGCGGCGGACGGCCGCGGUGAGGCGGCGGCGAUGCGGGCCGCGGUGAGGCGGCUUAGCUUCGGCGCGGCGGAGGAGCAGCGGGAGGCCGCGGCGGAGGUCGCGGCGCUGGCGCGGUCGGACGAGCGGAGGAAGCGGCUGCUGCCCGAGCUCGGGGUCGUGCCGCCGCUCGUGGCCAUGCUGGCCGGCGCGCGGCUGGCCGCGGCGGCGGCGCUGCUGGAGCUCGCCAGAGGCACGCACAGAAAUAAGGUGCACAUCGUAAAGGCCGGCCUGCUCAAGAAGCUGCCGCAGCUCAUGGACGACAAGGACCUGGCAAGAAGCCAGCAGCUCGCGCUGCUGGUCCUCUCGAUCUCGUCGUUGGCCAACACCGACUUCCCCCUCUCCGCCUCCGAGCUCCUCCCGUUCCUCGUCGCCACCCUCAGCGCCGACGACGUCCCGGCCGACACGAAGCUGCCGUGCCUGGCCGCCCUCCGCAACCUCUCUACGAAGCUCGAGCACGUCCGGGACGUGGUCUCCAGCGGCGCGGUGCACGCGCUCCUGUCGCUCGUCCUGGACAAGACGGCGUCGGAGGCUGCGCUGUCCAUCCUCGGGGAGCUGGCGGCGACGAGCGCGGCGGGGAAGAAGGCGAUGGAGGAGGACGAGGCGGCGCCCAGGGCGCUCCUGGAGGCGAUGACGUGGCACGGGAGCGCGCGGUGCCAGGAGCACGCGACGUACCUGGUCAUGGUGCUCACGCACGGCAGCCGGGCGCUGCGGCGGCAGAUGCGCCAGCUCGGCGUCGUGCAGGCGCUCCUGGAGGUCUCGCUGCUCGGGAGCCCGCUCGCGCAGAGGAGGGCGGCCAAGGUCCUGCAGUGGUUCAAGGAGGAAGGGCAGAGCAGGAUCAGGGCGCAUUCGGGGCCGCGCAUGGAGGGCGCGUCGUGCCACGACGGCGGCGGCGGCCAGGACGCGAAGGAUUGCCGGGACACCGUGGACAAGAUAGUGAAGCAGAGCCUCGAUAGGAACAUGAAGUCUAUACUGAGGAGGGCCACGGCGUCCGUGGACCUGACAAAUGUUAAGCUGCUCGUUGCGAGCUCUAGCUCCAAGAGCUUGCCUUGUUGAACCCGAUUCACCAGUGCCCAGUUUUCCCUUUUAUUUUGGGCAAUUUCUUUUGAGUGAAAUAAUCAAAUCUAGGAAGAAUUUGAACAGAA